AGGAUGGGCUGAGCACCGCGGGGGCCUCUCCUCGGACGGGGGGACCCGCGGCCCGGCCCGCACCCGUCCUGUUCGGAGAGGGAGCGGUGGCGCCGCCUGCCCGGCCCGGGGCUCGGCGCAGAGCAGCAAGGCGCGAGGAGACGGACUCUGCAGGGCCAGGCUUCGCUCCCGCUGGCCCGCCCGGCCCGAUCCCCCGCCCGCAGCGGUGAUUCCGGGCGCGCUGCAGCCGGGCAGCCCAUGGCAAAGAGCAGGUGGAUGCGAGCAUGACUCGGGUGAUUAAUAUUCCGGCAGCGUGCCAAGCUUUCCCCGCUCGCUGCACCAGAUCCUAGCAGCCUCCGAGCCAGCACCAGCCUCACCGCUGCACCAAUGGUUCCCGGCUCUGCGGCUCUCUGCGCCUGGCACCUGGCCCUGUCUCGCUGAGCUUUACCAUGUGGCUUUGGUACCUAGCGCCUGGUCAACGCCUGGGGCUGAGCUGCGGGAGAGUCUGGCUCCUGGUCCUCUUGCUGCUGGGUUGUGGCCUUGCCCCGGAAGGGGGGUCGGUCCUGAACUGCCCCCCAAAAUGCGUGUGUGCUAGCAACAUCAUCAGCUGCUCCAAGCUGGACCUGGGAAUCAUCCCCACUAAGCUGCCUCGCUUCACAGCCAUCCUGGACCUCAGCCACAACAACCUGACCCGCCUGCGGGCAGACUGGACCCCCGCCCGCCUCCCCCACCUCCACUCCCUGCUGCUCAACCACAACGCCCUGGGCUUCAUCUCCACCGAGGCCUUCUGCCACGUCCCGCACCUGCGGUACCUGGACCUCUCCUCCAACAGCAUCAAGGCUCUGGAGGAGUUCCUCUUCAGCCAGCUGCAGGAGCUGGAGGUGCUGCUGCUCUAUAACAACCAGAUUGCCCAGAUGGACCGCAGCGCUUUCGAUGACAUGGCCAGGCUGCAGAAACUCUACCUGAGCCAGAACCAGAUCUCCCGCUUCCCCAUGGAGCUGGUGAAGGACCGGGCCAAGCUGCCCGACCUAGCCCUGCUGGACCUUUCUGCCAACAAAAUCAAGGGCCUGCCCGUCGCGGCCCUGAAAGGCCUCCCCGCCUGGAUGAAAAACGGCCUCUACCUCCACAGCAACCCGCUGAGCUGUGACUGCGGGCUGUACGAGCUCUUCACGCACUGGCACGCACGCCAGCUCAGCUCGGUAGUGGACUUCCGGGAGGAGCUGGUGUGCAGCCUGCCCCUGGCCAAGCGCAGCGUCAGCGUCUUCACUCUCAACAGCCACGACUCCCUCAACUGCAGCGAGUUCAAGGAGCACAUGCUGGAGGCCUACCUGGGGGACACGGUGACCAUCGACUGCGACACCAAGGUCCGGGGGGCGACCACCAGGGAAUGGGUGACCCCAAACAACAGGCGCUUCCCGGAGGAGACCGCCAACAGCACCAUGACAGUGCUGGGCAAUGGCAGCCUGCAGAUCCGCCUCAUCCGGGUGGAGGACAUGGGCACGUACACCUGCUAUGCGGUCAGCCAGGCCUUCAAUGAGACCCUCUACGUGGACGUGAUGGUCCACAACUUCACCCAGCACGGACCUCACGACACGCUGAACACGGCCUACACCACACUGGUGGGCUGCAUCCUCAGCGUCAUUCUGGUGCUCAUCUACCUGUACCUGACACCGUGCCGCUGCUGCUGCCGUGGCAACGAGAAACUGUCCGCCCAACCGGAGGACAGCAUCAACUCCUCCAUGCUCAGCACCACGCCCAACCACAAACCCGAGGUGGCUGUUUGCAAGGGAAGCCUCAGCCACCUUGCGGCUUCCGGCCCCAUGCAAGGCCAGAAUGGUAAGGUCAAACCCAACAGCACGCCAGAGCAGGCGGCCAGAAGGGCCCAGAAGGCCCCCAGGAAAAUGUCAGACCCGGACUCUGUCAGCUCUGUCUUCUCGGACACGCCCAUCGUAGUGUAGGUGUAUGGAAGACGCGGAGAGAUGGGAGUGUUGGAGAGCGAGUGGACGAGGACAGGUAGUGACCCUCCCCUAGAGUGCAGCUGGCCAGCGGGGCAGGGGCUGGGCCCAGCAGUGGGGUGAUGGGUCUCCAUGCACAUGGCACAACGCUGCUGCCAGGCGCUGCCUCCCGCUGUGCAGCACGGAUCCUGCUAUCACCCCAAUGAACAUUGUCCUCCCAUCAGCAGAGCCCAAGCAGCAAGCAGAGCCCGGCAGUCCACUCCCUGCAGCCGCCCCCAGCCCUCAACGAGGAACUCCAGCCAGAGCUUUGCAGAGUCCCACCAAGAAAUGAAACGUGUAGCAGAGAUAUGGUGCCAGUGCCCCACAGAGCUGAGAAGGUGGGGCAGGGGGUUGCUGCUGAAAGAGCCCAUGCUGCAAUGCUGGGGCAAUCCUUCCUUACUGCUCAAGGGACAUCCCAGGUCUGUUUCUGACUACCUUGGCGCGCAACCAUGCUCAUCUCUGAGGUGUCCCAGCACCACAACCUUGGCCUGGAUCCGCCAUUUGAAGGUCACCUUCUGCUUUAUAGCUUGGCCACUGAAAGCCUUGACAUCCGUUGGGGACCAGCGUGUGGGAGCAGGGGGUCUCUCUCCUGCUACCAACCAGCCUCGUGCUAGACACCCCCUUUUGGAACUAAGGCAACCCAAAGAUUUUCAGCUCCAUCAGGAUGAAAGCAGGAAUUGAUCCCCCCUGGGGCCUGUAAAAUGGCAUGCCAGCUGCCCCUCCUGCAGCGGGAACUCAGGACACAGUGGGGCAUGAUCAACACCAGCUGGUCCCCCAGUGAGCUCUCUGGCUGACAGCCUAAUGAUCAGAUUCCCAUUCCUAAUUACAAUGAUACAUCAAGGCACAAGCUGGGUUUCCGGGACAGCUAUUCAGCAUUGCAGAACAUCAGCAACCCCUUGGCGGGCUGUGCCGUGGCUGCCAGGGAGGCACUGUGCCUCUACCCCUUCUGUACGGUGCUCGUGUGGGCUGUCCCAGCGAGCCGAGGGACUGGGUGCUCCAGGGAUGUUAGGAAGGGGAGCUGGUAAUGGAGUCUGCUGAAGGCAGCAGCCAGAGCACAGGAGCCCUGCAGGGAAGGGGGGUUGGGAACUGUGAUCAGAUGUAGCAGCACUUCCGAGCAGACAUAGGGGUGGGGCCCACAAAAUAUGCUCCUGCUCCUUCUACACCCCCCCUUAAGCCUCCCCCACCCCUUUGAUCCUGGUGGCUUUUCUCUCUGCCCAGCUACAAAUUGAUUCCAUCCUAUAUUUCCUUUUCCCUUCUCCUUUCACCUGGGAGA